GCCCCUCCUGUAUGCUUUUUGCAUUAAGCAUUAGCUCUAAAAAAAAGAAAGAAAAUUCCUCUUCUUAGAUCUGUAGAUUAACUCGUCGUUUAACACAAGUUUCUAUAAUUAUCCCCCUUCACGGGUGAAGUCCUGGCGAAGGAGGGAGGACAUAGCUAUUCGCAUUCAGCUCUGGCCUACACGUUCAGUGAGUGUGCUGAGCUCUGUACCCAUUGGCCUUGGAUUACGCUGAAGAAUAGGCGGUCCGUAUCGUAGAUUCGGCUUUGCGAGGGCUCGGAACUCUAAGUGUGAUGUUUCAUCGCGAUUUCUUUGUUUCUUGUCUCAAGAUAGAUAAUAUGAUUCGCCAGUCUAGUGAGAGUUUAGUACAGCAUAAGUUCGUCUCAGAAGCGAGGCCGUCUCAUUUCCCUGGCCAAGUUGCCCUUUCUUUGUCCCGAAUCCUCAGCAUCUGGUGGAGCUGGGGUUCGUAAUACUUAGGCUUACGAACGACAGGCGAUCGGGGCAAGGCCACGCACUUCCGAGAGACGUUGAAGGCAAGUGGUGGUUUGGAAGAUGUCUUAUCAGGGGUUCGCCGAAACCGUCGUUCUGGCAGGUACAGUAAGUCGAGAAAGCCACCCAGAAGAAUUUCUAGGGCCAGCUUCUUUUAGUGCGUUAAGCAUACCAACACCUAAACAUAGACAACCGAGCAUGGAGUGUUGCUAAGUGUGGAGUAUAGAUUCUCUGCAUCAAUUGUAAGUCAUUCUCGACUAUGAAAGUCGGACGAAGAUGGUGGGCAUUGUAGCAAAGGCAAGCGGUAGUGCCGCUUAUUUCCUUUUCGGGAAGUCACUGUGCCGCUGUCCCCUCGACAAGGACUGACUCUCUUUCAAAAAAAAAAGUAAACCAUUAGCCUUGGAUUGGGGUGGAGAAAGAAGCCAGAUAUGGAUUAGAGCCCAGGAACAUGGAUGGAGAGGAUAUCUAAGCGAAGAGGCCAGCUCCAGCAGUGAAAUGUCGACAAUCAAUGUUACCUCAAG